CUGAUAUUAACCAAGCAGAAAGGGUGGUGCAGCUUUAUGGAAUUGCCAGUUUAUACGUGAAGCAUGGCUUGUGUAGAACAAGACAAACUGGGUCAAGCCUUCGAAGAUGCUUUUGAAGUACUGAAGCAACACUCAACUGGAGAUCUCCAAUAUUCCCCAGAGUACAAAAACUACCUGGCUCUCCUCAACCACCACUCCCACGUGCGAGGACAUCCCAGCUUCUACCCCACACCGCCCACAGAGGAGACCUGUCACGCUUGGAGAACAGUGCUCAACAGUGCUGCGGACCUCUAUCUCGACGGAAGUAUCCCCCAGUCUCUGCAGGACAGCUCCGAGCACCAGUUGGCACAACCUGCUGUUUUCCAGCAGAAGGGAGGGAAAGGCCGGAAGAAGCUCCGACUGUUUGAAUAUCUGCACGAGUCCCUGAGUAACCCCGAGAUGGAGUCUUGCAUUCAAUGGGUAGAUAAGACCAAAGGCAUCUUUCAGUUUAUCUCCAAAAACAAAGAGAAACUGGCCCAACUGUGGGGCAAAAGGAAAGGCAACCGGAAAACCAUGACUUACCAGAAAAUGGCCAGAGCCCUAAGGAAUUACGGGAGGACGGGAGAAAUCACCAAAAUCCGGAGGAAGCUGACUUACCAGUUCAGCGAGACGAUUCUCCACAGACUCUCGCCGUCUUACCUCCUGGAGAAGGAGUUACUCUACUCACAGUGUGUCCAACCUGACCAGGAAUAUAUCACUUUCCACCCCUGGAACACGAAUUAUAAUUAUGCACCUGCCAGUUACCCCGAGCUAAAUCAUUCCAAUUGCCCCAUGCACUCUUACAUGUCCUGA